CGGAAGCCAUGCCUACCACUUCAACUCUUCCCUCUUUUCUGGCUUGUGGGCCACACCUGCUCUGCAUAUGCCCGCCCCUCACUCCAGGUGCCGCUCACUUGACACAGGACCCCUCCCCAAGCUCACGCACCCUAGCCUUGUUUCCCGCCCCUGUCGCGCCCAGGUGUUUACCUGGCACUCAGGUGAGUUGUGCACUCCUGAGCUGCCUGCCUCUUCUCUCAUCGCGUCCCACAAGCCCCAACAGCACGGAGGGGUGUCAGGCCAAAGGCGGUGGGCUCCUGAGCCCUGACACCGCCUCGCCGCCGCUGCAGGUGCCCCCGGCCGGCAGCGAAGCUGUGGCCCCAGAGCGCGGCGACAUGCCCGAGCUGGUGGUGACCGCGCUGCUGGCGCCGUCACGCCUGUCUCUGAAGCUGCUGCGCGCCUUCAUGUGGAGCCUCGUGUUCUCGGCGGCGCUGGUGGCCGCGGCGGUCUACGGCUGCAUCGCGCUCACGCACGUGCUGUGCCGGCCACGGCGCGGCUGCUGCGGGCGCCGCCGGAGCGCACCCCCAGCCUGCCUGAGCGACCCCUCGCUGGGCGACCAUGGCUUCCUGAACCUCGAGAGCUCGGGCCUGCGUCUGCACUAUGUCUCAGCUGGACGAGGCAACGGACCCCUCAUGCUGUUUCUGCACGGCUUCCCUGAAAACUGGUUCUCCUGGCGUUUCCAGCUCCGGGAGUUCCAGAGCCGCUUCCACGUUGUGGCUGUGGACUUGCGAGGCUAUGGCCCCUCGGAUGCACCUGGAGAUGUGGACUACUACAAGACUGACCUGCUGCUGGCCGACAUCAAGGAUGUCAUCCUAGGCUUGGGUUACUCCAAGUGCGUACUUGUGGCCCACGACUGGGGUGCCCUCCUUGCCUGGAAUUUCUCCAUCUACUACCCAUCCCUGGUCGAGCGGAUGGUUGUGGUCGGUGGUGCCCCCAUGUCAGUGUACCAAGACUACUCCAUGCGCCACCCUGGCCAGUUCUUCCGUUCCAACUACAUGUUCCUGUUCCAGCUCCCCUGGCUGCCAGAGAAGUUGCUGUCUAUGUCUGACUUCCAGAUUUUGAAGACCACCCUCGCCCACCGCAAGACAGGCAUCCCACGCUUGACCCCCAACGAGCUUGAGGCCUUCCUUUAUCACUUCUCACAGCCUGGUGGUCUCACCGGGCCCAUCAACUACUACCGAAACCUCUUCAGGAACUUCCCCCUAGAACCCCAGGAGCUGGCCACACCCACAUUGCUGCUGUGGGGGGAGAAGGACAUUUACUUUGAGCUGGGGCUGGUGGAAGCCAUCGGCAGCCGCUUUGUGCCGGGCCGGUUGGAGGCUCACAUCCUGCCAGGCGCGGGGCAUUGGAUCCCACAGAGCCACCCUCAGGAGAUGCACCAGUACAUGUGGGCUUUCUUGCAAGACCUGCUGGACUAGUGGCCCUUGCUGGCCUGCCCGGGAAGCACGGAUACUCUGGAAGGAACACACCCUCGUCAUCUGCGUGUACCUGGGAGUCCAUAGAAUGUCCAUACAUGGGUGGAUUCUUGAAUCGCUCCUAGGCGUGGGAUUCCUGGAUCUCACCCAAGUGUACCUAUGGGUGCUUUGGGACACACCAUCCCCUGUGCUCACACGCAGGCAUCGACGAGUGCAUGUGUGACAAGCUCUGACCCUGGGUAUGCCUCUUCUCCAGCAGAGCCAGAUGCCGGGACCAAGUAUCCCACCUCUCCCCUCCCUGGGGCCUCACCCUGCUCCUUGCCAAAGUCAGCCCCUGGAAUAACUGCACAAACCUUAAACCCUGACCUUCCUGUCCCUGCCUUCCACCUUCUGCCUGGGUUUUCAGCUCAAUGCUACUCUAAAUACGAUCCUGCUGGGUGCAUUUGGCUACUUCAACUUAAAGGUAUGUUCAUAGAAAUGAAAUACAAUGAAAAUGCUCUGCUCAGUUA